UUGUCAGCUUGAGUGACAAAAUCUUUUCAAUACAAAAAUGGCCGCCGUACAGCAAAAUUUAUCAAAAAUGGUAUCGGCUCAACUACGCAAUAAAGCAACAGAGUUUUUAAACUCAAGAAAACAUGCUAACAAUCUUGCGGAUAUCUUACAAAUGUUUGAGGCUGAAACGGAGAACUAUACACCAUUACUGCUAACAAUUGAAGUAAUAUUUACGGAUUUAUUAAAACGCGGCGACCUGAUACAAGAUGUGGUGCCUCUCAAGCUGAUAGAUUGCAGCCCUGAAGCAGAAUACACAAAAUGGUUGCGAGAAUGCUAUGAGACAGCCCUCACACGCACACUGGAAUGUGUGAAACGUGGACGCACCAGUUCCCGAUUGCAGGCACUUGUUACUGCUUGCAAAUUGAUGCAAGCUGAGGGCAAGCACCCACUGGAGAGUUCAUUGGGAUACUUCUUUCCAUCAGUCAGACUCAAGAACCUUUUCACGGUACUCCUAGAUUCAGAGACAUUAAUGUCGGCGCCCAUAGCACGCUUCCAGGAGUUCACCGAGUACAGAGAUGUACAGCAAUAUGGACUUAAAGUUCUCUCCACAAUUGCUUACAAGAAGUCACCUACCUCAAUAUAUAUGCAGAAUUACCUAGAAUUACUAGACAAACUAUUAGCAUCCGAGAUUCCUACAGAGACAAAAAUUAAAUUCAAAGAUAGAGACAUUGAUGAAAAGGAAGAGAAAAUCUUGUGCGGCUCCGAAAAUAAGGCUCCGUUCCCGUACAACCCGGGCGUGUGUCGGCGGUACGCGAACCGCUGCUGGGGCUUUGCGUGCCAGUGGCCGCUGUGCGGGGAAUCGCGUACCCAUCGGCGCGCGCUGUUGCUGCUGGUCGAGCGUCUCAUGCCGCUGCUGGCUAAACCUCAUCUCGCCACUGACAUGCUCUGCGACAGCCUAGACGCUGGUGGGCCGAUCAGUAUGCUGGCGCUGCAGGGCGUGCUGGAGCUGGUCCGCCGACACAACAUCGACUAUCCUGAUAUGUACGACCGGCUGUACGCCAUGUUCGAGCCGGAGAUGUUCGCCACGCGGUACAAGAAGCGGUUACUGCACCUCGCCGACGUUUUUCUUAGCUCCACGCACCUGCCGGAGGGGCUAGUGGCGGCAUUCGCGAAGCGCGUGUCGCGGCUGGCGCUGGUGGCGCCGCCCGAGGACGCGGCUGGCCUGCUGCAGCUGCUCGCCAACCUGCUGCACCGCCACCCCGCGCUCAAGCGCAUGAUCUGCCUCGACGACACGCCCGCGCUCAUGUCGGGCGACCCGUACGUGAUGGAGGAGACGAGCGCCGAGCGCGCGCGUGCGCUGGGCUCGUCGCUGUGGGAGCUGCGCGCGCUGCGCCGCCACGCCGCGCCGCCCGUCGCCGCCGCCGCCGCCGCGCUGCUGGCCGCGCCGCGCCCCGCCGACCUCGCGCCGCCAGACCAGGCCUUAUUCGACGCCGAAUUAAAAAAACGCUUCAAGACAAUAGAAAUGAAUUUCGCCAGGCCGCAGGGAAUGCACGCGCAGAAUGUCGAACGCCUGUUACAGUACUGGGAGCUGAUGGCCUGAACAAUGCACGUGCCGGCUACGUGAGGUCUAUUUCACAUCUUAUACCAAAUUUACUAUUCUCGUGGUCUAUGGUGGAGAUGCAUUUCAUUGAUUUCUUUUUUUAUAUAUACUAUAUUGGUAAAACUGUUAAAAUGUCAGAAUUGUAAUAUUCAAUUGUUAUAGUUACGAUCUCGUUCGGAUUUCGAUAAAGUAUUAAAAAGUAUUUAUUUUCUCUAGAAAUUCUAAAUUCAAAAGUUUGCAGUGCAGUUGCUUGAGGAUUUUAUUGAAUACCAAAAUCGGUAAACGUCUUUUAGAUAGCGAAAUUUAUCCAUAUUGAAACAGUAUGACUGAAUUAAAGUCCAGUGUAUGCACCUAUUUUGCCAUUAGACAAAAAUAUGUGCAAUUGUAUGUAUAGAUUUAUUACGCAGAAGUAUUGUACAGAAUUUAUAAAGCUUUAUAUUAUAUAAUUUAAUUUUAUUAUAAUGACUGCGUCGCUGAAAAAUGGAAGUUUCGACAAUAGAAUAUAAUGACUAUUGAAAGUUCUUUUUAUUCGCCUCGCUAUGGUAAAAUAGGUAUUUACUAGGACGUCAUAACGAAAAUGUAUAGGGACCCUUUAUAUAUAAGAACACGAUAUUCCACCAUUUUAAUACGUGGAAAGUUAACAUUGACAUGUGGCCAUCAAAAUUGCAUGAUCGACAAUCAUUGAUCAUACGAUUCUGAUUUUAUUGUGAUAUGAGAACGAGACGUCCCGCCGUCUGUUUUCACUUAUAUUUCUUGAUGCUAUAUGUUUUUUUUUUUUUUUUAUUUUGCCUAAUGCCAUACGUACGCAACGGGCGCUCUAUCCCAAGUCUUGAGCUUUCAAUAUUUAAUUUAUAUACCAGUUACUCUAUCUAUAAGCUCGUCCUAAAUGUAUUUGACAAAUUAUAUAAGAUUUCGAUUUUUGCACAUUAAUGUUAAUGUUAGUAAAUUUUAAGUGAAGUUAAUGUGUUGUAGUUUGGUUAUUUUAUUUUUUUACGAACGCAAUUGUGCACGACUGUGAUUAUGAGGCGGUUUGUACACGUGUGUGUGUGACGUGCGCAGACUGCCUUGAAACUAUUUGAUAGGAUGUAAGGUUCCGAGGGGCUUUAACCAAAUGGAGAUGGCAUUAUAAACACGGAAUUGAAGAUAAGUUUGCUUUUAUCGUGUAAGCAAGAUAUAAGACAAUUCAUCGCUAUUUAGCGUCUCUAUCUGUCGGCUAUGGGGUUUAAACUCUAUAAAAUGCAACAGAUCUGUGCAUGAUAAUACAAUUUUGGAUUAAAAUUUACUGCAAUUUCCGGUUGGUUAUGAGCGUCUCGGUUUGUUCUAGAGGAGUGUUUAAUAACUACAGUUGAUAAAUUUGGGACGCGGUGUGUCUUCCUUUCCAUUAACGUUUAUUGUAAUCCCCUUUUAGUUUCAUUCCAGUUUGUAUUUUCUCACCCUUAUUUGUUUGAUGUAAGGUUAUUAAUAAGUAAGAACUAUGUUCAAUAGCCUGAAUUGACUAGAUCAAAGGAAAUCAGGUAAACGACACCCAAAUGCCAUAUUUAUUUAAUUAUUAUUGUUACAACCGUUUAAAAAACCUCGCAGUCGAGGGCGCGGCUUCUAAAUGUAAUACGACGAUCAUGUCUAUAAGUCAAAAUCAUUUAUUCGUAUAGGACAUUUAUGGCCAUUUACGUGCAUCAUUUUUGAUCUGCAAUCCAGUUUAGUGAGCAGUUUCAGUAGAAACCAAGGGAAAAACUCGACUAUUGUCUUGUUUUAUAAUCAGUCUACAUCUGUUAACAUAUUGUUUGGAUGUAGAUAUAUGAUAAUUUUAAACAUAUAUAUAAAAAUAUGCUUUAUCUUACGUAUUGAAUAUAUGUAUAUAAAAUCACGUGUCUGACCAACAGUUUGUUUGUGAACAUGUUUGUUAACAUGUAACAAUUAUUUAUAUUUAUACUGCAUAUACAAAAAUAGUGCCUACUCAUUACACAAGUUAAUGAUUGUUAAGGAUUUAGAUUAAGCGAACAAGAAAACUCUUGUUCUUUCAUUACUCCUAUAAUUUUUGUGAUUUGUACAUUUUUGUGGUUAUUUCAAUAUCAGCCUAUCUACGUCUCUUGGCUAAUUAGAGUAUGCCUACUUGUUUAAUAAUAGUGUGUUCUUUAUUUAAAUAGUUUUUCUUUUUUUUUUUGUAUUUGUUUAUAAACUUAUAAACAAAUACAAAACUAGCCGUUUGUCAGGAUUAAAAAAAAAAACUAUUUAAAUAAAGAACACUAUUAUUAAACAAGUAGGCAUUCUCUUUAUAAACAAAUACAAAACUAGCCGUUUGUCAGGAUUAAAAAAAAACUAUUUAAAUAAAGAACACUAUUAUUAACCCUUUCCUAGCGAAUAUACCAAAAAUAAUGAAAAACAAAGUUUUUAUGAUUCUGUAUGGAUAAGGGGUAGUAAAGAAAACUAAUAUUUUUUUUUUUUUCAGAUUUAUUUAUUAUAUCUAGAUACUAUUUUCGUAACCUAGACUUAUAAGUACCAUCAGAAACUUUAGGUAAAAAAAAGACUGAUAAAAUAGAAACAUUAGAUAUUUAUUUUUGGCUCAAAUAAUAAUAAAAUUAAAAAGCAAUUAUACAUUAACAUCGUGAUAUUCUGUAAAACAAUUCUUUUUUUUUACUUAUGCACAAAAAUGUAUUGCAGUGAGAACAUUUUGAGUGAGGUUCUGACUGCACUUUCUUCAUGCUGCAUACUUCACAUCGCCCUCUAUUUGGCACAAACGUAGGCCAAUGUACACCGCGGUUUCCUAAUCGAACGUCUUUCAACGUUGAGAAGCCAGUUUUGCGCCUUUUAGAUGGCCCAGGACUAAGCACAGGGUCUUUUGAUAUGAAAGGUCUGAUUUUAUAUAAUUUAUCUUUGCAAUUGGAAGGCAUUUGCGUGUUGUCAUUGCAAUGAAGAUGGCUCAAAAUUGCUGCAAACCUAUCUCUAGGCAUAGUUUUACAAAUCAAGGGGUUAUUCAAAUCAAGUGCCGAUGAAUAAUGGUCUGUCCAUGAAGGCCGAGUGUUGUACCCCAUAUAGAAGUUCAUUCCGAUAAAAGCCAGUAGUUCUUCUUUUUUCAAGUUGAGAAAUUUAUUUCUUUGUGUUGCAUAUAAAUUACUUUGAUACAUAAUAUUAUCCAGUACAUCACUAAUCAGGACUAAAAAAAUGUCAGUCGGCGUAGUGCAUUCAGCAAAAUAUUCGUCAACGACCCCCAUGUUUGCAGAAUAUUCUGGUAAAUACGUUUCCACAUCACGUUUCUUCCAUUUACGAUUAGGCUCAUGUUUUGUUUUUUUGGAUUGUGCAUCUGUUGACGUAACAGUUUCCUGAGCCGGUAAAUUAUCUGGAAUAGUGUUAGGAAUAGAAUAUACAAUUAGCUCUUGGUCUAUUUCCCUACUAGGAUCUUCUGUCUCAUAUCCUGUAGUAGGUUUAGUUUGGCUCAGCAUAUAUUCUUCUAAUGCUGCCUCAAAAUUUUCAUCAAAAUUGCUAGUUGAGGGUAGUCGUUCUUCGCGAAAGGUUUCUUCGUCAGAAAAUUCCACAUCUGAAGUGUCGGCACAGUCUGGAAGAUCUUCCAUAAAAAGAUCUUCUAUCAAAGCUGUAUUCUUUGAAAUAUUCAUUAUAAAAAUCUGUAAUAUAAGAUAAACAAAUAUCAUAAUAUAUUCGAUCUAAUUUACAAAAAACAAACCAUAGUCACUGACGGUACUCAUAAGUCCUGGUACAUUUUUAUCGUUAUUUUAGCUCUAAAAUUUAAAUUUAUAACUAAAACAAUAUUAAUUUUAUAGUUAAAACCACAAUGUAAUAUAUUAAUAUAAAACAAUAAGACUUACCUCGUUUAUUCUAUUUUUAAAUAUUUUCUAAAACAAAAGCAAUCUGCAGUUCUCAAAUCCGAAACAGGUCGAAACUUGAAAGUGUCACUUGCUAGCGGUAAAUAGGCAAAAUUGAAAUAAAUCACUGUGAUUGGCUAGCGUAGUAGUACUUGAAAGGAUCCUUAAUGUCAAAUAUGGAAUGCGCGAUCGUAUUAUCGAAAUAAUGGAUGGGGAAUCACCCGAUACAAAUUUGUACCGUCAGAUAGGAAAGAGUUAAACAAGUAGGCUUUUAAAUCGUUAUUUUAUGAUUCUUAAUUUGAAUAAAACAUGACCUGGUGGAAAAGUAUAUAAAGUAAUAGAAAUAAAAAUAUAGCAUAUAUAUAUAUAAAAAUAAAAAUAUAGCUAACUAUAAAGUAUAUAGUUAGCUAUAUUUUUCUUUUUAUCGUAUAUGCUAUUUUAAACAGAUAAUUAUAUCAAUUGUUUGAUUAGCCUCGAUAGAAAUCAAAUAGUUUAUUAAAUUUUUAAUGAAUUUAUUAUUUUUCGAAAAAAUGCAUUAUCAAAGCUUCAUUAAGUCACUGAAGAAGUGUUGUUAGAAACACCUUAUUGUGAUUGGCAGAUUUUAAUAUAAUAAUAAUAAAUUUAGAAAUGGGUUGCUAAAAUAGCCACUUUACACGAAUUAUUGAUUAAUUGAUGGGAUAUUGACCGCAUCAAUCAACCAGCCCAUAGUGUCCCACUGCUAGGCAAAUAUCAACUGCUUCCAUCUUGGACAAAUGCUAGCCAAUCUGUACCAGUCUGUGGAACCGGUCACACGUGAUACAUAUAAAUAAGGCUGGUUAUACAAAAUAAAUAAGUGAAAAGUGGCUUUUUUUAACCAACCUCCUAGUUCUUUGUACCUAGAAACAGAAUUCAAAUAUCACUCAUACACUCCGAGUGUAACAAUGUGUCUUAAAGAAUCUCAAUAUAAAGGAUUUUAAUGGUUUAUUAGCAAGCCGCGCCCGCCGUAUCAUGUGAUUAUUUGUAACAAACAAUCGAUGUUAAGCUAGAUUAAGUCAUUAUUUUAAUAUACUUCAUUUAAUGUUCUAUUAUUAUAUUGAUUAAAUAAAAAUAUUGAUACACUAA